UAGCGUGCUCGCUGGAUUCUCCACACCCCUUUGACCAAGGCGAAAGGCGGGAUGUCCGCGAGCGGUUUUCUCUCUCCGCCAAUCAGCGGGCGGUUGCAGAGUAUACAGCCCGCCCUCUGUUCUCUGUGUGUCUACUUGGAAGCUGGAACAUUUUGUUUCUGAAGGUAAAUACAGUACAGUCCCUACAGCUGCACGGCCAGUGGCACUUUACGAGCUUUCUCAUUAUCAGCAGCAAUCAAGCUCCAAACUGUUGACAGGCUGGCGUUUAAGCUUUCCCUAACGUCAACCAGGCAGACGUAAGGACGUCAAACUUUAUUAGUUUAGAGUUUGAGUAAUGAGAGACAAACACGUCCUCCCUUCAUGCUUACUUUCAACAAAAAAGAAGUUAUGGAUAUUUGCGACGGGAAGAAGAGGAGACAGGUAAGCGGCGGCGGCGUGCGGGGCUGCAGGCGGAGCGUGGCCGUGAAAAUGAAGCGCGACGUGGGUAAAGUCCUCCGCUCCCUAACGGUGGGGGACAACAAUCACGCGGAGCCUAUGGAGGAGGAAGAGGACGACGACUGCUUCUCCAUUAGCUUCCUGCGGAAUGGCCGACUGGAGCCCUCCGUGGCGCUUUCUCCGCGGUACAGCCUGCUGCGGGAGGUCGGCCGGGGAAGCUACGGGGUCGUUUAUGAGGCUAUAGCCCGGAAAACAGGGGCCAGGGUGGCGGUGAAGAGGCUCCAAUGUGACGCCCCGGAAAACGUGGAGCUAGCUCUGGCCGAGUUCUGGGCUCUGACGAGCCUGGAGAACCGUCACCAGAACGUGGUCCAGCUAGAGGAGUGCGUCCUGCAGAGGAACGGCCUGGCCCAGAAGAUGAGCCACGGGAACAAGCGGUCCAAACAGUACCUGCGCCUGGUGGAGACGUCACUAAAAGGGGAGCGCAUACUGGGUCACCCAGAGGAACCCUGUUACCUCUGGUUCGUCAUGGAGUUUUGCGAGGGCGGGGACCUCAACCAGUACAUCCUGUCUCGCCGGCCCGACCCCCAGACCAACAGGAGCUUUAUGCGCCAGUUGACGAGCGCCGUGGCUUUCCUACACAAGAACAACAUCGUUCACCGUGACCUGAAGCCCGACAACAUUCUCAUCUCCCAAAAAUCUGGUUCACCUGUUCUCAAAGUGGCCGACUUUGGCCUCAGUAAAGUUUGUGCCGGCCUACACUCCAAGAACAGCGAAGAGCACCCUGCGGCAGGCGGCAGAGGCAGCAACCAGAACAACAUUGUCAACAUAAACAAGUUCUGGCUGUCGUCGGCCUGUGGCUCGGACUUCUACAUGGCCCCCGAGGUGUGGGAGGGCCACUACACGGCCAAGGCGGACAUCUUCGCCCUGGGCAUUAUCAUCUGGGCGAUGAUCGAGCGGAUCACUUUCAUCGACGCAGAGUCCAAGCGCGAGCUGCUGGGCACCUACAUACGGCAAGGCACAGAGAUUGUACCUGUCGGCGAGGCUCUUUUGGAGAACCCCAAGAUGGUUCUCCACAUCCCUCAGAAGGCCAGGAGCUCCAUGUCCGACGGGGUGAAGAAGCUCCUGCAGGACAUGCUGGCGGUCAACCCUCAGGACCGGCCAGACGCCUUCCAGCUGGAGGUGCGGAUGGACCAAGUCACGUGUGCUGCGUGACAGCCCCUCAACUUCCCGAAACCUCUCCUCCUUUUUUUUUUU